AUGAAUACUAAAACUUCCAAAUUAAUGGAAUCUUCUAGUGAUGCUGUUGAUGCAGCAAUUGCUCGAAUUACAGAGCUUUUAAGAUCUCCAGACGAUUUGGUUAAAACUAGCUUGAUACGUAAAAGAUUCGCUAUAGAAAAGGCUUCCAUUGAUGCACAACUUAAAACUGGUGUUAAAUUACAAUUGGACACUACUCAAGAAGGAGUUGAUGCCUUAACAAAUGCAAAAAAAAAAAUGCUUACUAUUAGGGAAAAUAUGAAAACGAUUGAUCGUUUAUGUUCGGAGGCACAAAAUAUGAUUCAAGAUUUUCCUAGGAUUAAUAAGAUUUCACAAAUACAUAAGAACUUUGUUGCAACGCAAGAAACUGUUCAAAAAUUACAAGAAAUGUAUGUAGUAGUUGAACAAAUUCAAAAUAUGUUGCAACAAGACAAACAAAAUAUACUCGGACCAGCAGAAAAUUUAUUAUUUGUCCAUUAUCAAAUUUUUCAACUUCAAAGAUUUCGAGAUUAUACAAUGUAUCAAGCAAACAAUUCUUCUCAAGAAGAUGAUGUUAUUACUUUGAAACAAUAUUUUAAAAAGUUGGACGAAUUAGUUUUAGAUUUUGAGGAUUAUAUUUGGAAUAUUGCAAAGAAUAUGAUAGAAUUGGUUAGAAACGGUAGAAGGCCUGUGAUAGUUAAACUUGUUAAAAUAAUUGAAAUAGAGGAACGUACGGAUGAACGUGCAACUGCAGCUGAACAUGCAAGGCAUAGUUAUCAAGAUCUCGCUUCUAAAUUCAAAUCUAUUCAAACUAGCCCACGAGUUAUUAGGUCUUAUAGGAGCAAAUUUAAAGAUAAAUUAAAUGAUUCGAUUUCAGAGUUAUUUGAAGCAUUUUACAAUGAAUUUCAAAAUGAACCUAUGACUUUAUUAGAAGAGAUGAACUUUAUAUUCAAUGAUUUAGCAUUGGUAGAUCAAGAAAUAGUUCCACUUUUUCCUAAAAAAUAUGGCAUAUUCUCAGUUUUUGUUUUAGCAUAUCACAGACAUGUAUAUGACAUGCUUAAUAAACUUGUUCAAUCAGAUCCCGAUGCAGGUACUAUCCUACGUCUAAUCAAUUGGAUCAGGCAAUAUUACAAAAAAAUGAAUAAAGAGAUGCGCAUUUCUGAAGAUAUUUUAGAACCGCCAUUACUUGAUGGAAAUGAACAGGACCUGGUAAAUGACUAUCUUAAAUUGAUACGUAUCAGACUUGAUGAAUGGAUAACAAAUUUAAUGAGCACAGAAAUUAGUGAAUUUACUAAUCGUGUCAAAGAGCCAGAAGUUGGUGCAAAUAAUUUGUUUUGUUUGUCUGGUUCAGUGAUUAUGUUUCAAAUGGUUAAUCAACAAAUAGAUGUUGCGGCAGAAUCAGGACAGGGUAAAAUUUUAGCAGAUGUGGUGAAGGAGUGUAGUACAGCAAUGAUUGAUACACAAAAUACAUGGAAAAGUUUGUUAGUAACAGAACUUAAAAAACAUAUUGAAAAACCAGAGGAAACUCAAGAAGGUUUUGUUGAAUAUUGCAUUGCUUUAGCUAAUGAUCAGUUAAGAUGCGCAGAAUUUACUGAAGAUGUGGUAAAAAGAUUAGAGCCUUUACUUUCAGAAAAAUAUCGAAAUCAGAUAAAUGAUAAUCUACGUUUAGCAAUGGAUGGAUUUAUGGGAAUAUCAGAUAGUUGUAUUAGCACAUUGGUAGAUGUUGUAUAUAACGAUUUAAAGAAACUUUUUAAUCAAUUUUAUUUGGAGGAUUGGUAUCAGAACACUUUUAUGUUGGUAAUUAUUGAAACAAUUAAAGAUUACGCAAAUGAUUUUCAAACACGUAUGCACCCAUAUCUUCUUAAUAAGACAAUGUUAAGUUUAGGAGAAAGAUUUGUCAUAGCGAAUAUUGAAGCAAUGCGUAAUAAAGGAGCCAAGUUCAAGAAACCAGAUUGUAUUACACGAAUAAAAAAUGAUGAUACAUUGGCAUUUGAAUUUUUUCAACAGGUUAUCCCGGCACAACAAUACAAAGUGAUAUUCAAUGCAUUAAGCAGGAUUCAUACAUUAUUAGAAAGUUCACGUAAAACAAUAUUUAUUGAUUAUUAUGAUCUGAAAAAAGCAUAUGGUGAUGUUCCAUUAAAACUUAUUGAAGAUAUACUAUCCAAAAGAGAUGAUUUAGAUAGAUCACAAGUUAAAGAAAUUAUGGAAAACUUUAAAGCCAAAAGCAAAGAGGCGGGUGAAUAUACAGGAAAACCUACUAUUUUUAGUAAAAUUAAUUGA